AUGUAUUAUUACCCUCCAGUUGUUGGAUCGAAUCUUUCCAAUGGUUUUGAGAAGCGUAUUGAACGAGAUGAGAGAAUUAAUGAGCAUCUUGAUGGAUUAUUAUUAUCAUUAUGUGAAUAUGAGCGUCAAAAUGGUUUCCAACGUAGUUUUGUAGAUUUUUUGACAUGGAGAGGUAUUUUAACUCGAUUCCUUUGUACACCAUUUGAUAGACGUACUGCAUGGGCAGUUAAUAUUGUUCGCUUUCAGGUUAGUAAAAUCUAUUAUAAUUUGGAAGCUAUUCCACCUUCUAGUGAACAAGAAGCACUCAUGCGGUUUUGGGGUUAUAAAUUUGAAACACUUUCAACUCUUCCAGAUACUUGGGAUAAUUGUUCUCGUUAUCAAAUUGAACAUAGAAAUGACAUUAUUGUUAAUAAUCAUGUUCAAUAUUGCUCUGUUGUUCGUACUAGUCUUGAUAAAACAACUCUCGUUAUGGGAGGAGAAGUAGAUUGUGCUUGGGAUGCUAAACCUGAUCCACCUGAAAAUCCUGUCCCUAAUUAUGUUGAACUUAAGACAACUCGUUCAUUAACUAGUCAUUCAGCUCGAAGAACUUUUGAACUUCAUAAAUUGCUCAAAUUUUGGUCCCAGUCUUUUUUACUUGGUAUACCAAGAAUAAUCGUCGGUUUUCGUACUGAUGAUGGUUAUCUUGAAUCAAUUGAAGAAUAUAAAACUCAAUCAAUUCCUUCAAAAACCUCUGCUUUCAAUGGUAAUAUUGCUCUCGCUUGGAUGUCUCAAUUGCUUUCUUUUCUAAAGCAAAAUGUCCCUGAUCAAGAAGGUGUAUGGAGACUUUGUUAUACUCAAAAUGCAGAUACCGUUCGGCUCUAUAGAAUUGAGUCUAAAGGCUAUGGUUUUCUACAUCCACGCUUCAUUUCAUGGAGAAAAUCAAACAUCCAAAUCUUGAAGGAUCUUUCUCUGUAUUAA